AAAAAAAGCCACAACAAAUACUUAAACAAUCUAAUCUUUUAUCAUAGUUAAGUGUUUAUUUAAUAUCCUCUUUCUCUGAUACUUAGUAAUAGCAUAUGUUACAUUUUCAAGGCCCUAGUGAGCAUUCUGUGGUCUGGCGAUGUUUCUUGGAGGUUUAUGCAUUUGCAUACUUUUGUUGGAUGAUAACAGGACCCUGACUCAGUCUGGCUUAGCAAGAAGAAAGCCUAUUAUCUCACACAUCAGGAAGUCCAGAGGCAGGGAGGAUUUCAGGCACAGCUAACUGGCCCACCAGGAUCCUUAGGAAAUCAGUAUUCUUUCCACCUGUGCUCUGCCGUCUUUAGUGUGGGUGCAACUGGUCCAGGUAUCACAUACAAAGUUUUCUUCUUGUGGCUCACAGAGGAGAGGAAACUUCCUACUAUACCUCCUCCCCACCCCAUUACUGGUCAGAACUGGCUUGUUCAUGCCAGUUUGGAUUACCAUCACUGGUUUGAUAAUUGGCUCUUAUUGGGGACUUCUCAUGAGUCACCUGGGAGUGUGGGGAACUCUGCAAAUUCCCAUGCCUGGAUCCUACUCUCCCAAGACCCUGAUUCUGAAGGUCUGGACAUCAGUAUUUUCAAAAAGCUUCCUCGGUGAUUCCAAUGUGCAGUUUGGGAUGAGGGCCUCUAGUUCAGGGGUGGGGAACAUCUGGCCCGCUGGCCAUCAAAGGCCCUCGAAGCUGUUUGGUCUGGCCCUGCCAAGGCAUUAUAGAUAUCAUAACUAUAUUUUUGGAGACCACCUGUUGUAUCACCUCCCUGCUAAAUUUCACGUUAAAGCGGACAUACAGCAACUUCUCGUCUCAGUUGUCCGUGACUCAGAAUGUGAGAUGUAUCCCAGUGUUUCUUCAGAUGAGUCCUAUUCUUUAGUUGUAAAAGAACCAGUGGCUUUGCUCAAGGCCAACAGAGUCUGGGGAGUAUUACGAGGUUUAGAGACCUUUAGCCAGUUAAUAUAUCAAGAUGCAUAUGGGACUUUCACCGUCAAUGAAUCCACCAUUAGUGAUUCUCCAAGGUUUCCUCAUAGAGGAAUUUUAAUUGAUACAGCCAGACACUUUCUGUCAGUUAAGACCAUUCUUAGAACUCUGGAUGCCAUGGCUUUUAAUAAGUUUAAUGUUCUCCACUGGCACAUAGUCGAUGACCAGUCUUUCCCUUAUCAAAGCACCACUUUUCCAGAGUUAAGCAACAAAGGAAGCUAUUCUCUCUCUCAUGUUUAUACACCAAAUGAAGUUCGUGAGGUGAUUGAAUAUGCCCGAUUACGGGGGAUUCGAGUCAUACCAGAAUUUGAUAGCCCCGGACAUACACAGUCUUGGGGAAAAGGCCAGGAAGGUCUCCUGACUCCAUGUUAUAGGUCCUAUCAGCCUGAAGUUUCUGGACCUAUAAACCCUACUUUGAAUACAACUUACAGUUUCCUGUAUAAGCUCUUCAAAGAAAUCAGUUGGGUUUUUCCAGAUCAGUUCAUUCAUUUGGGAGGAGAUGAAGUGGAAUAUGAUUGUUGGGAGUCCAAUCCAAAUAUCCAGACUUUCAUGAAGCAGAAAGGCUUUGGCACUGAUUUUAGUAAACUAGAAUCUUUCUAUAUUCAAAAGCUUUUGAAUAUUAUUUCAACUCUAAAGAAGGGAUCCAUAGUCUGGCAAGAGGUUUUUGAUAAUAACGCAAAGGCCUCCUCCUCCUCUUUUCCCUCAUCCCCUGCCAUCUCAUUAAUCACAAAUGGGAGUACUUUGAAGCUCCUUUUUUUUUUCCCUCAGGAAAGGGCAGAACAAACAGAUAAGAACAAAUGAGUCUUCACUGCUAUUAAGGUAGUUUUAGGUAAAAUUGCCAACGUACACUUUUUAUUUUACAUGGCAUCUCUCUAAUUCUUAGUCAGAAUUCUUUAUUUUCCUUUGGGGCAACUGAGAAUUUGCAACUCCAGCAAUUAGUAUGAACUUUCCCGAGGGCUGUUGGCAACCUCACAGUUUGACAGUAAGUAAAACAAUAGUGUGGUAGGAUGGGACUAAAGCCUUGGUUCAUUACACCUGUAUGGUGUCAUAAAUAGGCAAAAGUUAAGUAUCCAACCUGAAGGUUAAUGCAACUUCUAAAUUUAAGUCUCUAUAAGAAAUAGCAUUUGACACUAACUGAAGAGGAAGGGUAAAGAUGACAAUGUUUUAAGUUUUUCAAGGAUCUUAAAGUUAGUUUUCUAGUUACAAGUCUUGGACUUUAAAUAUCACCUACUGAAUUUGCUAGACCUAAUAAUAUAUAUUGCAAUUUUUAACUUUAA